UGUAUUCCGGCGCACGUAACUCGGCAGGUAUUCUUCUGACAAACUCAUGCCGCGACGAGUGUGUCAGUUUUUAGGUUCACAUUAAUCGAUUUUAUGCAAAUACGCUAUUGAUCAGCAUACAGCAUUUGGAGAAACCAGCAGCAACGUGUACUCCGCGAUUGCCGCAGCGGAGCUCCAAUUUUCACGAUUAAAAUUCGCGCUUGUUAAAAGACGUAGAUCGGAGCCCAUUGGGGUCACGAGCGAUUUUCGCAUCGCGUAUCACGUUCCGACAUCCGCGUAACGGAGUUAGUAAUUUGUUGCCAUCGCCAUGUGAUCCGCGGAAGAAAACAAACGUUUGACGUUUUACGGCUGCGUACACGACCGAGAAGGAGGUUUCUGCUGAGCUAAACUGUGUCUCGUCAAUCCCCUCGCACGCACGCGCACGUGUGCACGCGGUCCUCGAGUCUCGACUGUCACAGCUGUUUACAUUAUCGUUCAUCGACAUUUAUCGAUCCGCGAUAUUUUGCAUUCCAGGGAAAUACGGCAUGAAAUGCGGCUUGUGCAUCAUUGCAAUUUAAGAGAAUUAUAAAAAUGACCGAGGAACAGGAUUCCCUGCUGCACAACGCUAUCGUUUCAGAGAUACCCGGCACUGCGUGUUACAUACCGAAUUUUAUUACCGAGGAGGAAGAGAGGCAGAUUAUAAAGCGCGUAAAUAGCGUACCGCAACCAAAAUGGACGCAAUUGAGCCACCGUAGAUUGCAGAAUUGGGGCGGUAUACCGCAUCCCAAGGGGAUGAUAGCGGAAGAGAUUCCUGAUUGGCUUCAGAGAUAUAUUGAUAAAGUGACAGCUUUGAAUGCCUUUGAAAAAGGAGUGUUGCCUAAUCACGUUUUGAUUAACGAAUAUUUAUCUGGACAAGGAAUAAUGGCACACUCGGAUGGUCCACUUUUUUAUCCUGUUGUAACUACCGUCAGCUGUGGUUCUCAUACACUCCUUGACUUUUACAAACGGCUGGAAACGACAGAGCAACAACAACCCAAGUUAGAAUUCAGUUUGCUACUAGAACGCAGAAGUCUGUUGGUCCUACAGAAGGACUUGUACCACAAUUACUUGCAUUCCAUAGCAGAAAGAGAGACAGAUGGCAUAUCGGGAUCUUCAAUAAAAAAUCUACAUAUGUGUGAAGAAAAGUUUACAGAGGGGGAAGUAAUAAAGCGUGACACUAGACUGUCCUUAACUAUUAGACACGUGCCGAAAACUAGCAAAUUGAAAUUGAAAAUUUUUUGAUACGUAUUAUUGAAAUUUGGAAGACAUACUACAAUAAAUAGUGAAACACAGAA